AUGAGCGUGGUGGUCCUGGACGGCUCGACGGUGCGCGGGUUCGUGGCGGACGAGCCCGCCUUCGCGCGCAGCGUGGACGCGCGCUUCGCGGCGCUGGACGCCAACGGCGACGGCGUGCUGUCCCGCGCCGAGCUCCGUCGCGCGCUCGAGUCGUUCCGCCUCCUCGACGGCGCCGGGUUCGGGUCCGCGGAGCCGGCGCCGCUCCCGGCCGACGUCGCCGCGCUCUACGACGCCGUCUUCGAGCAGUUCGACGCCGACGGCAGCGGCGCCGUCGACCGCGCCGAGUUCCGCGACGAGAUGCGCCGCAUCAUGCUCGCCGUCGCCGACGGGCUCGGGUCCCAGCCCAUCCAGGUCGCCGUGGACGACGAGGGCGGCAGCUUCCUGCUCGAGGCGGCGGAGCACGAGGCCGCCGAGAUCGCCGCCAGGGUCGAAGCCGACCGCAGCAAGGCCGAGGCCGAGGCGGAGGCCGAGGCGGAGGCCGCUGCCGCUGUCGUCGCCGACGCCAAGUGA